ACAACAUGUCAAAAUUGGCAUUUUGUUUCCUUUGUGAUAAAAAAUCAAAAUAUCAAAAUUGUACAUAUUUUUAUUGUCGUAAAAUCAGUUGAAAUAGGGAUUGUUGGCACGAAAAAUCGUGUGUCAUUUUGUAUUAUUUAAAGAUAAAAACGGAAAAAAUUAGAAAUGUCUACAUUUCGUCGACGCCGUGGAUCCUAUGGAAGCAUUCAUUCGGAAAAUGAUUUUGGCAGAGAUGAACUGGAUGGGCUUAGCUACGAGUUUCAAGAUGGAGAACUGUUUUAUACUACUGAGCAAAAGUUGCCAUGGAAAACCAUAUGCUUUGUGAUGUUUUUUCUAAUUGUAGGAAUGAUUUGCUUGACAACUGCUGGUCUGAUUUUCACAGAAGUUAUCGACCAAACGUAUGUCGAUCGUGCAUCUCCGUUGCUUAUUCUCGGUUCUCUAAUGAUUAUACCAGGCGGUUACUACGGCUACAUAUUGUUCUCAAUCUUAGCAAAGCGUGAAGGAUACUCGUGGGAAGAUAUACCAGAAAUUUGAAACCAAAGCAAACGUGCCUAUUUUUAGAAAUAUUCAGACUUAUUUGUUUGAAAGAUAUUUUAAAUUAUUAGAUCAUGGUUAUAGUUGAAAGCAACAGCCAGUAUAUGGACAACAAAAGCAGAGAAAUAUUUCUAUAAAGCGUUGUUUUUUCGACUUUAACUAGCGAUCUUAUUGUUAAAGCAUUUAUAUAAACUGACUGAUAACUAACUCAAAUCAAAUGUUUAAUUAAUUUAUAACAGAGACUUGAUUAUAUAUUUAUAAAACAACAUUUAAUAUUACAUGUGUAUAUGUUUUGUAAUGAAUUAUAUGCAAUUACUUAUUGUAAUGAUAAACAUGACUGAGAUAUGUAUAUAAUAAAAAAUAAUAAUUAUAAAAAGGGAUUCUUAUUCUAAAAGGAAUUUACGAAAUAUAUAUUUACAUAUGUAUGUGA